CAUCCGUCACCACCUUUAUUACCUCGCUAGUUCUCCGCUCGCAGGUGCAGGUGCCGACGUUGAUGACCUCGCUGGUCUAUCUGGCCCGGCUGCGGGCUCGCCUGCCCCCCGUCGCCAAGGGCAUGCGCUGCACAGUGCAUCGCAUCUUCCUGGCUUCCCUGAUUCUGGCAGCCAAGAACCUCAAUGACUCCAGUCCAAAGAACAAGCAUUGGGCCCGGUACACCUCCGUCCGCGGCUACGAGGGCUUUGGAUUCUCGCUGCCCGAAGUCAACCUGAUGGAGCGUCAGCUGCUCUUCCUGCUAGACUGGGACAUCCGUGUCGACGAGGCAGACCUCCUGCAUCACCUGGAGCCCUUCCUCAUGCCCAUCCGUCGGCGUCUCCAGAUCCAGGAGCAGCGACAGCGUGAGGCCCAGCUGCGUCAGCCCCGUGAAUGGCGUCGCUUUCACGCCUCUGCCGACCUUUUCGCUGCUCGCCUUCACCGUCAGAAGGCCGAGGGUCGCCGCAUGCCCGGCGAGUCUCCCACGCGGAGACGCCUGCCCCCCAGCCCAGCAUCGUCGGCUUCCCUUUCUUCUGUCUCCUCAGGCAGCUCCUACUGCGCCUCACCAGCCUCCGUGGCCGAAUCGGAGCGGUACCGUCCGUACCCACCCCGUCGACGACCUUCGACCCGCAGCCAUGCGUCCAUCUCUUCUCCGCCAGCUGUGCAGGAGGUCCCGGGCCUAUCACGUGCUGAAACGCUUCCCUCGCUGAGCUCGCGCGCUUCCAGCAUCGCACCCAGCUCGCGGAGCGACACGCCCGCCAGUCUACGCACGUCCAGUUCGAUCACUAGUAUGAACGAGGUGCAUGUUGUGGAUGGCACCCGCAGCCCGUCGGUGAGCAACGGCUAUGUCUCGCUGGCCGGCACGAAAGUGGAGGAGCUGUCGCAGCCGAAUAAGAAAGCCCGACACUCCCUGAGUCACGCACAUGGACCCGGACAAACUCACCCGGGUUUUGUGGCGCGUUUCCUGGCAUCCGCGGCAGGGUCGUACAUGGGAGGCCGCCGGCAUUAGGGUGGGUUCAUCGAGCUGGUCUCGAUGAGUUUCGGACAUUUGUCUUCUAAUACCUGCAUUCCUAUUUCACCCUCCGUCCUUUUCAUCCCAAAUUUUGGGAUAGUUGAUGAAUUUCUUUGUCUCUCUGUCUUACCGUGUGAUGAUAAAAGCAGUUGACCCAAUACCCUCUACCCCUCUCCCUUUCCAGUGAUCUACAAGAGGAUAGUACUUACACUCGAAUCCCGUGACGGUGAUUGAAUAUGCAUUGCACAGCGGCGUUGAUAUUGGAUUGAUUUGAUAUUCCCUUCCAUGUGUAUUUUGCUUUUGUUCAUCUCGAUUUAUUUCUGGAUUUCCGCGUCGGUGAAUCUUUUUUUCUACGCAUCCCAGACUGCCCAACCCUUUUGAUGAUGACAUUGAUCAGUGACUUUAUAUUAUCCUGCAUCUGUAUGUACAAGCACGGUAGAUUAGCGCCCUACUUAUGGUAUAAUAGCAAAG